AUGACACGUAUUUAUCCACGCGCAACUCUCAAGAAAAUUUUAAAAGCUCAUCUUCCAGAAAACCAAUUCAGCAAUAACGUAGAUAUAAUGCUCUACUUGGAUUACAUCCAUUUUCUUCAAAGUUUAGCGGAAGAAGCAAAUUUGGAGGCCAACUCAAAAAAAGCAAAGAUAAUAAGAAAGGAACAUAUUGAUUCGGUCCUGGAGAAUACAUUGAAACGAUUCGAUGGUUAA